AUGCACCCCACCACCCUCCUCCUCCCCACCGCGCUCUUCGCCGCCUCCGCCUCCGCCUGGGGCAUGCUCGGCCACCGCACCGUCGCCCUCCUCUCGACGCGCUACCUCCUCCCCGACACGGCCAUCUUCGUCAAGUCCCUCCUGCCCAAGCCCCAGUCCAUGGUCUCGGCCUCCACCUGGCCCGACUACUACGCGCACACGCCCGACGGCCGCUACUCCGCGCCCUGGCACUGGAUCGACUCGCACGACAACCCGCCGCACACCUGCGAGGUCAACUACCACCGCGACUGCGGCGGCGAGGAGGGCUGCAUCGUCAGUGCUAUUGUCAACAUGACGGCGAGAGUCACAGACGAGGAGCUCUCGUUCUACGAGCGCCAGAUGGCGCUCAAGUUCAUCAUCCACUUCAUCGGCGACAUCCACCAGCCCCUGCACACGGAGGACCUGCUCCGCGGCGGCAACCAGAUCUACGUGCUGUGGGGCAAGCAGCACACGAACCUGCACCACGUGUGGGACUCGAGCAUCGCCGAGAAGCACCAAGGCGGGAGCGCGGUGCGGCACGCGGUCGGCUGGGCGGACACGCUGCACACAGAGAUCGAGGGCGGCAAGUAUAGUGACGUGCGUGGGGAGUGGAGUGCGUGUGUUGAUCCGGCGCGCGCGGAGGAGUGCGCGCUAUCUUGGGCGGGUGAGGCGAAUAGGUGGAUGUGUGACUAUGUGCUCCCGCAGACUUAUCCUGGGGGCUUGGAGGGGCUGGAUGUCAGUGGUGAGUAUUACGAGGGCGCGAUAGAGAUUGUGGAUGUGCUGGUGGCGAAGGCCGGGUGGAGGCUCGCUGGGUAUUUGAAUAUGAUUGUGACGGGGAGGACGGGGCUGGAGGAGGGCGAGAGGGCGGCGACGGUGGAUGCGGCGAAGGGCGAGGACUGGGUGGGUGGUGAUAGGUAUGCUGCGAGCGGGCAGGAGCUGAAGAAGAGGGCCAUGAAAAUGGCCAGCACGGGCUGGUGGGGGCAUGUUAGAGUUCGAUUGAACAAUCUGGUUUAG